AAAGAACUCCAAAUUAACCAUUAAAAAAAUGAAAAACUAAAUAUCCAAUAUAGGAGUCAAUAAAUAAGGCUUAGUCAAACUUAAUAAAAGUCAAAAACAUAUAUAAACUCACCACGUCGAACUCUCUCUCUCUCUCUAUUAAUACUAAUUGUCUGAAACUCUGAACUGAAACAGUUUCGUCAAAAACUAAGUGAGACUGUGACUUGUGACACAGUUUCAUUUUCAUAAACAAAACUGCCAUGGCGGAAGAGAUGAAUCACAGCCGUUGGAUCGAUCCCAAAAGUGGUUUCUGCCCACAAACAAAAAUCUUCCAUAGUCUCCGACCACCGGUCCCUCUACCACCUCUCUCUCAACCCCUCUCUCUCUCCCAAUACGCUCUCUCUCUCCUCAACUCAUGUACAACCCAAGAAACCCAAGCCACCACACCUGCCCUCAUCGACUACUCCUCCGGACUCCACGUGUCCUACUCCCAUUUGCUCCGUCAAAUUCGCUCACUCGCUCUCUCUCUCAAAUACCAAUUCCCUUCUCUCUCCUCCUCCUCCAAAGGUGGCACCACCGCCUUCGUCCUCUGCCCAACCUCCGUACACGUACCUGUCGUUUACUUCGCUCUAAUGUCGCUAGGCGUUGUCGUUUCGCCCGCCAACCCGGUAGGAUCCGACUCCGAGGUGACUCACCAGGUACAACUCGUCCGACCCGCAAUCGCAUUCGCCACGUCAUCAACCGCACGCAAGCUUCCCCCUUCUCUCCCCACCAUACUCCUCGACUCGCCCGAGUUUCUCUCCAUGCUCGACCGAGUCGACUCGGGGGACUCGUUCGAACCGGUCCCACAGACCGACACGGCGGCGAUUCUCUACUCCUCCGGCACGACCGGACGAGUUAAGGGUGUUGCCUUGACUCAUCGGAAUCUGAUCGCCAUAAUCGCCGGCUACCACGAGCUAAAGUACGAGCCGAGCGAGCCGGAGCCGGAGCCGCAUCCGGUGUCGCUGUUUACGCUGCCGUUGUUCCACGUGUUCGGAUUUUUCAUGCUGGCGAGGGCGGUGACUUUGGGGGAGACGUUGGUUCUGAUGGAGAGGUUUGAUUUUGAAACGAUGCUUAGGGCCGUGGAGAAGUAUAGGGUGACGUACAUGCCGGUGUCGCCGCCGCUCGUGGUGGCUCUUGUUAACUCGGAGCUGGCUAAGAAGUACGACCUCAGCUCGCUUCGGCUGCUCGGAUGCGGCGGCGCGCCGCUUGGUGAGGAGACUAUCAAGAGUUUCAAUGCCAAAUACCCAAAUGUGGAAAUUACUCAGGGGUAUGGUUUGACGGAGAGUGCAGGGUCAGUGACGAGAAUGAUAGGUGAUGAAGAGACAAAGAGGUAUGCUUCGGUGGGUCGUUUAGCAGAGAACAUGGAAGCCAUGAUUGUUGAUCCUCAUACUUCUAACCCAUUGCCUCCUAAUCAAAGAGGCGAGCUUUGGAUUAGAGGUCCCUUCAUUAUGAAAGGUUAUGUUGGUAAUGAAAAGGCAACAGCUGAGACUUUAGACUCAGAAGGAUGGCUUAAGACUGGUGAUCUUUGUAUGUUUGAUUCUGAAGGGUAUCUUUACAUUGUCGACAGAUUAAAAGAACUCAUCAAAUAUAAGGCUUAUCAGGUUCCACCAGCUGAAUUAGAACAUUUACUUCACUCCCAUCCUGAUAUUGCUGAUGCAGCUGUGAUACCAUACCCUGAUGAAGUAGCAGGACAACUUCCCAUGGCCUAUGUUGUGAGAAAGCCUGGAAGUAAUCUCACUGAGGCUCAAGUUAUAGAUUUUGUUGCCCAAAAGGUUGCUCCUUACAAGAAGGUGCGGCGGGUUGCUUUUAUCAACGCAAUUCCAAAAUCUCCGGCGGGAAAGAUCUUGAGGAGGGAGCUCGUCAAUCACGCUUUGUCUAAGGGUUCAGCUAAGUUAUGAUCAUCUACUUCGUUGAAGAAGAAGAAGAAGGAUUGCCCUUAUCGAAUUGCUUGAGUCUUAAGUUAAUAUUCUUCUUGCAAUAAAAUCAUUUUUGUAACCUAUAUAGGAGGUUUUGAUUCUUUGAGUACUUGCUAUUGCUAGCUAGUAUUUUGUAUGUUCAUUGUUCAAACAUUAAAGACCUUUUCUUGGUGUUAAAUCUCACUUCUUUAAUAUUUCUAUUUUCUA